AUGCUGACCGAGUACGAUGCAGCUGCCGAGACCGACCCUGGCCUUCUCAAGAAGGGCUCCAAUUAUGAACGCUAUGAAACCAGAUCAGGCAUCGUCUAUCCACGCAUCCGCACUUUUUACCAUGUUCACGCACAAGCCAAGAAGCUUCCAAAAGACGUUCCCUUACUCGUCUUCAUGCACGGCCUCGGCGGAUCGAUUGCACAAUUCGAGAAACUGCUUGCCUCCUUGACACAAGUCGCCACCUGCCUCGCCGUCGAUCUUCCUGGCUGCGGAUUGUCAGACUUCGAACCAGAGAACGUCGAAGCAUACACCACACUCGCCCUUGCCGAGCUUCUGUGCGCUGCCAUUGAUCGCUACCGCGACCAGGAGAACGACCAGAAAGUCAUCCUCAUCGGCCACAGCAUGGGCUGCUCCAUCUCCGCGCUCCUGACAGCGUCCACAUCGCCACUCGCAGACCUUUGCUCCGACAUCAUUCUGGGCAUGGUGGGCAUCUGUCCCAGAGCAAACCCGCCAUCUGAGGAGUACUUGAACCAAGCAGAACGCCUCGCACACCUACCCUCACCGAUCUUCGACAUGAUCCGGAUGUACGAUCGCUGGGGCGGCAUCGAUAGCACCAGCGUCUCUCGUGUAAUUGGAGAGGAGGCUGAUCUGGAGACUAAGAAGCUCCAGCUCCGCUUCAAUCAACAAUCGAAGUCGCGCGUCUUUCAGAAAUUUGCAGCCGCAAUAGUCAAGCAGGAGAGGGAAGCAAAGCAGCGUGGCGAGGACAGUCUGUUAGGCAGACGCAUUUGGGACGGCAUAGAAGUGCCGCUCUUCCUGGUCGCUGCCGAUAACGACAAGCUCGCGCCACCUGACCAAGUCAAUCAGAUUGUCGAAUGCGCAUCACCACUCUCCCCUCGCUCCGAAGCCACCAUGCUAGCCGGCCACAUCAGCGGGAAGAAAAUGCUAGACCAAUCCCCAGAAGCCCAACCAACCUCAAUCAAAUCCUUCACCAAAUCCACAAAACACUCCACCCCGCUCAAAACCUCCAUCUUCCCCUCCCCCUCCUCCCACGGCCUCCUCUACGACCAAACCGACAUCCGCAUCCUCUCCCGCAUCAUCGAAGACUUCCUCUCGACCCACAUCGACCCGCGCCUCUCGCCCAGCUGGCAACUCCAACACCUCACCACCUCCGGAAAAUGGGACGUCAAGAACCUCGAAAAAUGGAAAAAAAUCCUCCCGUGCUCCGCCCCCAUCGCCAGCCUCUUCCGCGCAAUGAAAACCAUGCGGGAAGUCGACGAUGUCCAUUGCCCGAAGGAAUUCGUGAGGAAGUAUGGUUGGAAAGCCAUACCGAACGGUGUGGCCGUGGUCGUGGACAUUAGUUUCGAUACCCCCGUUACGAUCAGGCCGAAUUUCAUCGCUCGAAUCGAUGGCUUGCGGAAAUCUCUUCAGUCGGGUGCUACGAUAGCUGUGCAUCGACAUUAUGGCUUAAUCGGUACGCCAACCGGUUUCCUCAUCAUCUGCUACCUCGUCGAACGUCUGGGUUGGAAGUUAGAUGCUGCUAUUGAGGAGUUUCGACAAAAGAGGGCGCCGGGGAUUAAACAUGAGUAUUUUCUCGAUGAGCUUUAUUUAAGGUAUCGCGGUAAUAUGAGUCGUAGAGCCACGAAUGGGAAUGGGAAUUAG